AUGUUCCACUUCCAAACGUUUAGCUUGGCCGUGUUGUGCGUAGCAUUGGCUCAGACCAGGGUGCUGCCGAACAGACCGGAGAACAUCGCCCGGCUUCGUCAGCUGCGUCCGGACGAGCUGGCGGAAGAGCUGAGCGGUCAGUUCGAAGGCGAUAUAGUGCUAACUGAUGAGCAAGAGCGUGAUAUGUUGGCUAACAGACGGAAUGGGUUGAUUGCCGAAACCUACCGCUGGCCGAAUAAUGUCAUUCCAGUGAUGAUUGUCGAAGCGGACUUUACUCCGGAGCAGAUCGAGCACAUCAAACGUGGCAUGCGUCAGCUCGAGGCCGUCACCUGCCUUAAAUUUGUGACGUACGAGCCACAGCAUCAAGAUUACGUGCGAGUCAUGGGAACCGGUUCCGGGUGCUACUCCUCGGUUGGCCGCCGGGGCGGAGCACAGAACCUCAACCUCCAACCGUACCCCAUCGAGACGGGAUGCUUCCGGUCGGCGACGAUCGUGCAUGAGUUCAUCCACGCGAUAGGCUUCUACCAUCAGCAGAGUGCCAGCGAUCGGGACGAGUAUGUCGACAUCAUCUGGGAGAACAUCGAGGAGGGCAAGGAGCACAACUUCAACAUCUACGAGAACAGCCUCGUGACGGACUUUAGUGUGCGCUACGACUACGGCAGUGUAAUGCACUACAGCGCGACCGCAUUCAGCAAGAAUGGCCAGCGCACCAUCGUACCGAAGGAUCCUAAAGCCGCCAUUGGACAGCGUGUGGGAAUGAGCGAACGGGACAUUUCCAAGCUGAACCACAUGUACAAAUGUCUGGUAAAAGGCUAA